AUGGAGCCCGUUGAGAGCUCGAGUUCCGAUCGUUUUGGCGGCUUCAAGAGGUUAAGCAAAGAGUUCUAUCAAUCAUCCUUUCGGAUAAAACCUAUAGACCAGCUUAAUGCGGAGACGAGUCGCUGUCACCCAGAAAGCGCACGUGUGCUUACGCUAGCUGACCUCGUUGUUGUCGGCGUUUCCGGUACAUUGGGUGCUGGCCUUUUUUUUCUUCUUGGAAGGGCUGCGCGCACUGCUGUUGGGCCAGGAGUGAGCAUCUCCUUCCUUCUUGCUGCAGGAGUCUGCGCGCUUGUAGGGUUAUCGUAUGCGGAGAUGUCUUCACGUAUACCAUCGUGCGGUGGCGCUUACUCUUUUGCCUAUGCAACCUUGGGGGAGCUGGCAGCGUUUCUCGUAGGCUGGUGCCUCUCUCUGGAGUAUGGCGUGGCUAGUGCUGCGAUAGCGCGCUCAUGGGCUGCCUAUGUAAGGCACGGGUUCUCGCAAACAGCAUCGAUAGAAGUUGGUGAGCACAACAUAUCAUUGCUGGCUCCGCUUUUGAUACUUGUGCUUACCCUUUUGCUUGCCUCUGGUCUUCGCGAGGGGCGCUACAUCGUUGGGUUCUCAACGCUGGUUUUCGGUGGAGUGCUGCUCGCAGUCUUCUUCUUCGGAUUGCACCUUAUCCGUCCGCGGAAUUGGGCUCCAUUUCUGCCUUACGGGUGGCGUUCGGUUUUAACCGGAUCAGCAUCCUUGUUUUUCGCAUAUGUGGGCUUUGACGAGGUAGCUACUGUGGCGGAAGAAUCGCACGCUCCCACUCGCAAUGUACCGUUCGCCAUGUUGGCUAGUCUUGGCAUCGUGGCUAGUGUUUGUAUAAUCGCCUCAAUCAUUGUGACCGGAAUACAACCGUAUUCACAAUUAUCCGAUACUGCGCCGUUUGCAGGCGCUUUUGAGUACGCUGGGAGCACAUUCUUCGCGAAAAUCGUCGCAAUUGGGACAGUUAUUGGUCUUCAAAAUACAGCGAUGAUUGCCCUGUUAGCUCAACCACGACUCUUCAUGGCAAUGUCCAGAGAUGGACUUCUUCCGGAAAUUUUUGGAGAACUCAGUGGAUCCGGGAAUACACCACGAGCGGCCACGAUUCUGUGUGGAGUAGGAUUGGCGAUUAUUGCGCUGCUAUUCCCGCUUCACAGCCUAUCCGAUAUGAUCAGCGCCGGUACCCUUGUUGCCUAUGCGGCGGUCUGCCUUGCGUUGAUUCGCACUCGACUUAUCGUCAGUGGUCACGGCCGCGACUCUGGUGGCCUCCUAACUCUUUUAUCUGUGAGCUUCGUUUUGUGCGCAUUGAUCUGGAGAGUGGGAAACGAAAGCGCGGCAUCGAUGCUCGGUGGCGGCUUCAUUGCGGGAGUCCCGCUUUUGCUGCUCGCCCGAGUACCUUUGGCCAGCGAAUCGGACCCUCCACGUUUUCUUUGCCCACUUAUGCCAUGGACGCCGGCAUUAGGUGCAUUCUUUUCGAUUGUGCUUCUGUUUCAGCUCAGUCGUACUGGGCUGUUGCUACUCUUGUUUUGGACCCUUAUCGGCUUAUGCAUUUAUAUUUUCUACGGAUUCCGGCACUCGCACGCGCGAAACUCGCAGGCCACCGAUUUCGGGGCAAGUGUACGCAGUGGUCGCCGACUAACGAAUGCUCCAGACACAUUUGUGGAAGCCGCAACCCGUCGAUCGAUGCGAGUGCUGAGCAAGAAGCAGGACCCCGCCACCGCUGCAGGUAGCGAUCGAACGGAAGAGGUUCAGCUGUUUCAGCGCGACAUCGACCUAUUAGCGGAUGCAAUAAUCGACUUGGAGGAUGAAGAAGACUCUCUAGACCAUGAAGAUGCCAAUGAAGAUGACAUGGAGCCAGAUUUUGUGCAGAUUGAGCCGGCUAGAGACAAAAAUGAAACGAAGCAGUGA